CUCACUUACGUGCAACACCGCUCGGCCGGGGUUGCAUAACUCGGCAAUGAAACUCGAACAAACUAUCUCGACGUUUUGAAAUGGCCUACACAUGCACAUUUGCGGGCGUAACCGGCCGGUUUUCUCAUACCCACGUACAAGCGCUACGUCGCGUCCACGUGAAUCCACGCCAUGAAGAACGAAUUGUAAACAUCCGCCCAUGGUACAUAAUAUUCACAUAAAACUUGCGCAAUGUUACGCGGCCACCGUUGUAUAAAAUAAGCGUCCAUGGGAAGAUGCUUUCAGUAGAGCCGACAGAAGCCGAGAAGUGAAUUCAUUAUGGUUAACCAUUUGUUUCUCUCUCUAUUGGUAGUCGCCGUUUGCGAGGCGGGGAUAAUAACGAAUGGGGACCACUCGCAUCACGCGGUUUACCACGGCCAUGGCGCUACCAGUUAUCAAAAUGUGCAAGUUGACAAUCACGAUACUAUAGUGGUGCCUGCGAAUUACGGAGAUCCUGCAGAGAUACAUGACACUUUGGAGCACCAUCACGAGCCAAUCAUUCCAAUCGUUGAGUCUCACAAUGAUAUAGAUCACAUCGUGUCUCAUUCCGCUCCAUAUGAAGAACUUUCUGUUGCUGACGUUAAUAUCAAAUCUGACAUACUCGAUUAUUUCGAUCAUGACCAUUAUGAAACAUCAUUAUGAUCUUCGUGUAUACCAAUAAUUUAGAAACACUCUAUUUGAAUAAUCGAAGUGCAAUCUUUUUCUUCGUAAUUUAAUUGGACAAUUAAUUGAAAAGUUCUCAAACUCAAGUUGGAUCACCUAAAAGAAAAUAUUAUAAAUUAAUAUGUGCGUUUCGUAGAAAUAUAUUCUUUGAUAUUCUUUGAUACUUGCUGUAGUAAUUUUUAGUUUAUUCUUUGUUAUAUUCUAUUUAGUUAUAUUCUUUGAUACUUGCUGUAGUAAUUUUUACCUCAUCGUAAUCUUUAUCGGGAUACAGAUAUGCUCGUGCUAAAACAAAUCCAUGCAAUAAAACGGAAAUAAUUGCAAACGUAAUUUGCAUAAUUUUUUUUA